CCCUUUGAUGUUUGCUUUCAGAAAAGAAAGUUCAUCUGGAAGUGUCCCUGUACAAGAGAUUUUAUCUACGCUUGGUGAAAAGAUCAACCAUAACCAAGUCAACCGGUUCAACAUAAACCGUGCUGCUGUGCUGGAUGGUGCCAUUCGGGGCUUUAAAAGAAUCUCGUUUGACCCGACACACAGGAUAAGUGUGAGAUUUUCUGACGACAAAGGAACAAGUGAAGAAGCUGUGGAUCUUGGUGGUCCAAGAAGAGAAUUUCUUCGACUGCUUACAGAAGCUCUUGCACAGUCUUCAGUGUUUGAGGGAACAGAAGGGAACCUCAACUUGGCUCUUGAUUCAUCAGCUGUCAGAGAGGACCGAUACUUUGUUAAAGGAAGGGCUAUUGCAGUAAGUCUGGUACAUGGAGGGCCUUCACCAAAUUUCUUGUCCCAAACACUGUUUGACUGCAUAGUUCAAGGGCCAGAGAAAUCUAGACCAAACCUUGGGGAAAUCGCCGACUCUGAAAUCUGUGAGAAAAUACAAAAGGUUUCAGAAUCAACAACUCUGGAGGAACUCACCCAGUCAACUGAACCUCUCCAAGACUAUCUUGCCAAUGCAGGCUGUCUGAAGCCACUGAAAAGUGUUGACGACAGGGAUAGACUUGUGGAAGAUGUCUUGAUGUUUCAAGUCAUUAAUCGAGUCCGUGGACCAUUUGAAAGGUUCAGAGAUGGGUUAAAAACGCUUGGAGUCCUGGAGCAGAUCCAGAAUCAUCCAGAAUCGUUCAGUCCAGUGAUGUGCUACAAUCCAAGGCCGCUCACCGCUGACCAGGUUGAUGGGCUGUUCCACAUCCGGUGGUCAGAGGAGGGGAGCAACCAGAAAAGAGAGGAGAGAACAGUAGUUGCUUUCUGGAGGGACUAUUUGCAAGAUGUUGAAGAGGAAGAUGGAUCAAAGAAGUUGGGGGACAUCCUAGCAUUUGCAACUGGAUCUGAUGCAGUACCACCAAUCGGCUUUUCUCCUCAACCAUCUCUUGAAUUUCUUCACCCUAGUGGUGGAGCAGCAAAGUUCCCUGUUGCCAACGCCUGCAUCAGCUGUCUUCGACUGCCGAUCUACAGCACGUACGAUUGUUUUAAGACCAACAUGGACUUUGCAAUAAGAAACACACAGGGGUUUGGCAUGCCAUUGAUGAUGAAUUUAAAGUUCAAAAGUAUAAAAUGUAACAGUAUGUAA